AUGUCGUUCUUAAUGGACGCGUUGAUUACCACCUACGCGUCGCUCUUCUGCAUGAACGAACGCCGCCGCUCGCUGCAAAUGUCGGCCAAAGUACAUGCGCCACCGUCGCGCCGGCCCGCGCCGUGCAAGAAGCCGACACGGCUGACGCUCCAUGACCGAAUGCGUGCACUGAUCGGCGAUAUCAUCACGGAAGAAGAGCUUGUCCAGCGUCUCACAUUCGGACGCGUUCUCGGGACAGGUGCCACCUCGACGGUGUACGAAGCGCUGGACACGGCAACGGGCCACCGCGUGUCCGUGAAAGUCUUUGACAAGGCGUCGAUGGUGGAGGCGCGUCGCUCCAUGGUCGCGGACGGCCAGUGCGCGCCGGAGAAGGCCGUGCACCGCGUCCGUCGACGACUGGUGAAGCUCGUGUCGGAGCUGGAGAUUUCCAAGUCGCUGGACCAUCCAAACAUUGUCAAGUGGCUGGGCGCCUUCGAGACGUCGCACCGCAUCUGCAUUGUCCACGAGCUUGUCGAGGGCUCGGACCUGCUCGAGCACUUGCUCGAGCACGGGAAGAUGGCCGAGGACCAAGCGGCUCGUGUGUUCAAGCAGCUGCUGGCGGCGCUCGAGUACUGCCACCAGCGCCAUAUUUUCCACCGGGACUUAAAGCUGGAGAAUGUCAUGAUCACUAAAGACUUGGAUGUAAAACUCAUUGACUUUGGCUUGUCCGAAGCAGUGGCAGAUGCCCAACAGACACUUAAGACGGCGUGCGGGACACCGCUGUAUUGCAGCCCCGAGAUUCUCUUCCUCCACUCCUCGGUCGAAAUUACUCGUAAAGGCUUUUAUGGAGGUCCAGCUGACGUCUGGGGAGUCGGUGUUAUGAUCUUUGCACUACUCACAGGAUGCGCCCCCUUCGACGACUCGGACUUUGAACGACUCCGACGAGAAGUGUCACGCAACCGCAUUAAGUACCCUACGUACAUUUCCAACCCAGCGAAAUGGCUACUGAAGCACGUGCUUGUGGCUGACGCGCAGGUGCGGCCAACGGUCACGGACAUGCUUUCUUAUGACUGGUUCCAGGACCCGAUUCACAGCAACUCCUCGAUGACCAUCAUCGAUCACCAACAGGAGCGGAUGACUGCGGAAGUGCUGAGAGAACAGCUGGGCAUUGAGCAACCCCCAGCUGCGCUCGACUUUGACAUCUGCUGUGACGUCAUGUCCUGCCGUCGUACCAGUGCGUCUGCAGGUACGUGCAGCUCCAGCGCGAGCCUCUGA